UUAGGGGUUCUGAUUCAGACAAGGGACAGAGCUGCAUGUGUCAUGGCCAACAGGCCACAAAAGAUAUGGCGAUGAUUUGCAGGAAUACUCCCAAUCACUUUAUAAUGGAGGGGGCCAGACAGACAAGAGUGUCUCGUCCAUACAAGAUCAGCGAGUCUUCAAAGGUAUAUAGAUGGGUUGACCAUCCUAACAUGGUGCUCCAGAGGCUGAAUGAGCAGAGGCACCGGGGCCUCUUCUGCGACAUCGUCCUGGUUGCCGAUGAACAGAGGGUCCCCGCCCACCGGAAUCUCCUGGCUGUGUGCAGCGAUUACUUCAACUCCAUGUUCACCAUUGGUAUGCGGGAGGCCUACCAGAAGGAGGUGGAGCUGGUCGGAGCCUCGUACAUCGGCCUCAGAGCUGUCAUUGACUUUCUCUAUGGCAGCGAGCUUUCGUUAGAUGGUGGUAACAUUGACUAUGUCUUAGAGACUGCUCACCUUCUGCAGCUCUGGAAGGUGGUCGAUUUCUGCUGUGAGUACCUGGAGAAUGAGGUGAGUGAGGAGAAUUAUCUGUACCUGCAAGAGCUAGCAUCCAUCUACAGUCUAAAACGUCUGGACUCUUAUAUCGACUCCUUUAUCCUGCGCAACUUUGGGACGCUGUCCUUCACCCCGGACUUUCUGCAGAACGUCUCCCUGCAGAAGCUCUGCCAGUACCUGGGAAGCAGCCUGGUGCAGCGCGAAUGUGAGCAUGAUCUGUUGCAGGCAGCCCUCCAGUGGCUGACCCAGUAUCCGGAGCGGGAGGCAGACGCCUUCCAGGUGCUAGAAAACAUCCAUUUCCCGCUGAUCCCCAAAAGUGACCUCUUGCACAGAGUCAAGCCCGCCGUCUGCUCGCUGUUGCCCAAGGAGGCCAACUGCGAGGGGUUCAUCGAGGAAGCCGUGACCUACCACAACAGCGUCGCCGCCCAGCCCGUGCUGCAGAACAAACGCACCUCGCUGCGCACCAACGAGGAGCGUCUCCUGUUUGUGGGCGGGGAGGUGUCGGAGCGCUGCCUGGAGCUCAGCGAUGACACCUGCUUUCUGGAUGCCAAAAAUGAGCAGUGGGUCAUGGAGACGCCCCUGCCAGCCAGGAGGAGCCAUCACUGUGUGGCCGUGCUGGGAGGCUUCAUUUUCAUAGCUGGGGGCAGCUUCUCCAGGGACAAUGGAGGGGAUGCAGCUUCAAAUCUUCUCUAUAGGUAUGAUCCCCGCUGGAACCAGUGGAUAAAGGUGGCUUCCAUGAAUCAGCGCCGAGUGGAUUUCUACUUGGCCUCCAUUUCAGACAUGCUGGUAGCUGUUGGUGGAAGAAAUGAAAAUGGGGCACUUUCUUCUGUGGAAGCAUAUAGUCCCAAAAGUGACUCCUGGUCGUAUGUAGCAGGUUUGCCAAGAUUUACAUAUGGCCAUGCUGGCACCAUCUAUAAGGACUUUGUUUAUAUCUCUGGAGGUCACGAUUACCAAAUUGGCCCUUAUCGGAAAAAUCUCCUCUGCUAUGACCACCGUACAGACGUGUGGGAAGAGAAGAGGCCCAUGAUCACGGCCCGCGGUUGGCACAGUAUGUGCAGCUUGGAAGACAGCAUCUACUCUAUUGGAGGCAGCGAUGACAAUAUCGAAUCCAUGGAGCGCUUUGACAUCCUGAGUGUGGAAUCCUAUAGCCCCCAGUGUAACCAGUGGACACGAGUGUCUCCUCUGCUGCAGGCCAACAGUGAGUCUGGUGUGGCCGUGUGGGAAGGAAAGAUUUACAUCCUAGGGGGCUACAGCUGGGAAAACACCACCUUCUCCAAAACGGUCCAGGUUUAUGACCGUGAGAAGAACAAGUGGUGCAAAGGGACCGACCUCCCAAAAGCCAUUGCUGGAGUAUCUGCCUGUGUUUGUGCCCUGAAGCCCAGACCAGAAGAUAAAAAGAAAAAAACUAAAACUAAGAGGCAUCAGGAUCGAGGGCGAUGACUGAGCUGGGAUGGUCCUACUCCUUAUCAAGUCAUCUUCAAGAAUGGCUUCUUUAAUGACAAACUUUUUUUUUCAGCACUUUGGGGACAGAAGUACAGAUGCUAAGACAUCUGGAACUUGGGCAAAAUCUUCUGGCACAAUUUAGUGAGUUACAAGAGAGAAAAGUGCUAUUCCAGUUUAAGUUAGAAAUGCAUAUUAGGUAACAUUUAGCUACGAUUUAUUACUUUUGUGUUUCUGGUUUAUUCUAUAACAAUGAAUAAUACUUUUUCAAAGAUCUAUGUAAUGUAGCUUAUUAUUUUGCAGAAUAAAUAAACAGAGUAGGAGCAGUAAGAUCAUAGGUCUGGAAGGUUCCCCUAAAGGUCAUCUAUAAUCCCCAUUUUACCAAUGAGGAAACUGAGGCCCAGAGAGAGAGAGGUGGUGACCCCCCCCAUCUUCACAUAGCAUCUUAGUGGCCAAUCUGACACCAGCCCUCUACUUGCUGCCUUUCAGUCUAGAUACUCACCUGGCCUGGUUUCUUCUAGAGGAAUUGCCCUAUAGUGAAACGUUAUAGACAACAAAACCAUAGGAGUAACAUUGUUGUUAGUGACCCUACCACACUAUGCCUUAUAGGUUCUUAAUGCAGUUGGAUAAUAUUAAGACUAUCGAGCAGCCAGUAUGUAUUAGCAAUCACGACUUUCAAAAGCCAUCGCCUCAGACUCUAAAGUGGUAAUAGGGAGUCAUUUGAAAAACAAACACAAAAUCCAAACAGGUGUGAUGAAUAGAUGAAGCCCUCUCUUUAUAUGUUCAUGCAUCAACUUCGUUUCUAAUGCAUUGAGUUAACAUAACCUACAUUCCUUUCUCUGAAAACUUUGGUAAAUGUCACAAGCAACCUUAUUUUUUCAUACAUACACUGGUCUUGAAGGACUGACCAGAGAUUCUGAUGAAUACUUAGCACCUCCUGUAGGGAAGCGUAACUGGUUUAUGUCAGUUACUGGCUCUGACAUCAUUCAUCUUUGCAGCCAUGGACAGGUCAUGUAACUUCUCUGGGCCCUCAGUUACAUCUUUAACAUGAGGAGGUCGGGCUAGAUGAUCUCCAAAGACCUUUCCAGCUGAAAUAAAUCUAUGAUUUUACAAUUCCAUAUAAACUGCUACUAAAUGUUACAUGAUCCAUCCCUCUCAGGUCAAUUUUCCUCAUAGGGGUUAGUAUAAAAUAUCCAAGAAUUUUUGAUAACUUUUAGAAAUGGCUGAUGCCCUGAUGCCAAGGGCCCAAGUAAGAGAGGAAAGAGGAUGUAGUAAUUCUUGAAAGACCUCAGGUUGCCUGGGAUAAGAAAAGUCAUGAUUUAAAAAAAAAAAGAAUUAUUAUUGCUACCAAAACAUGGUAACAAAAGGCUUGAAAGGCAACAUAGAAUAUUAGAUAGAGUACUGGCCUAGGGGCAGGAAGACUUGGAUUCAAAUCCAGCCUCUGACACAUAUUGGCUGUGUGAGUCACUUAACUAAGUAGUGCCCCCAGCCAGUUCUCUAAGCUUAUAAGUUACAAAGCAGUUCAGAGCUUCCCAUGAAAUCGCAAAUCUGAUUUUUAAAAAAAAGGGGGGGGGACAGCUAGGUGGUGUGGUGGAUAGAGCACUAGCCCUGGAGUCAG